AUGGCUGAGAAGGUCGGACCUAAGACCCCCCUCAACACUCCACGGGGUAACAACCACCCAGGGGUAACCUCCCUCCCCCAAGAGCCCAUCCAGAUCAUCCGCACCAAGGCUCACUCCAGGAGGGUCCGCAUCAACGUCGGAGGUCUAAACCACGAGGUCCUGUGGCGGACACUGGACCGGCUCCCCCGCACCCGCCUUGGCAAGCUCCGCGAUUGCAACACCCACGAGAUCCUGUUGGAGGUCUGCGAUGACUACAGCCUCAAUGAGAACGAAUACUUCUUUGACCGGCACCCUGGCGCCUUCACCUCCAUCCUCAACUUCUACCGCACAGGGAAGCUGCACAUGAUGGAGGAGAUGUGUGCCCUGUCGUUCGGCCAGGAGCUGGAUUACUGGGGUAUAGACGAGAUCUACCUGGAGUCCUGCUGCCAGGCCCGGUACCACCAGAAGAAAGAACAGAUGAACGAGGAGCUGCGGAGGGAGGCGGAGACGCUGAGAGAGAGAGAGGGAGAGAUAGAGUUUGAUAACACCUGCUGCCAGGAGAAGAGGAAGAAGCUUUGGGAGCUCCUGGAGAAACCCAGCUCCUCCCUGCCUGCCAAGAUCCUGGCCAUCCUCUCCAUUCUGUUUAUUAUUCUCUCCACCAUUGCCUUGUCCCUCAACACCCUACCAGAGCUCCAGGUGCUAGAUGAGUUCGGCCAGGCCAACGACAACCCCCAGCUGGCCCAUGUAGAGGCCAUCUGCAUCGCCUGGUUCACCAUGGAGUACCUCCUCCGCUUCCUCUCCUCACCCAACAAAUGGAAGUUCUUCAAAGGUCCCCUGAACGUCAUUGACCUGCUGGCCAUCCUCCCUUAUUAUGUCACCAUCUUCUUGACGGAAUCCAACAAGAGCGUUCUACAGUUCCAGAACGUUCGGCGUGUGGUGCAGAUAUUCCGGAUCAUGAGAAUAUUGAGGAUUCUGAAGCUGGCCAGGCAUUCCACAGGGCUGCAGUCUCUAGGCUUCACUCUGAGGCGGAGUUACAACGAGCUGGGCCUGCUCAUCCUCUUCCUGGCCAUGGGCAUCAUGAUCUUCUCCAGCCUCGUCUUCUUCGCCGAGAAGGACGAAGACGCCACCAAGUUCACCAGCAUCCCCGCGUCCUUCUGGUGGGCCACCAUCACUAUGACCACGGUGGGUUACGGUGACAUCUACCCUCAGACUCUGCUCGGUAAGAUAGUCGGGGGUCUGUGCUGUAUCGCCGGGGUGCUGGUGAUCGCUCUACCCAUCCCCAUUAUAGUCAACAACUUCUCUGAGUUCUACAAGGAGCAGAAGAGGCAGGAGAAGGCCAUCAAGAGGCGGGAGGCGCUGGAGAGGGCCAAGAGGAACGGCAGUAUCGUCUCCAUGAACCUGAAGGACGCGUUCGCCCGGAGCAUGGAGCUGAUGGAUGUAGUCGUGCAGAAAGGAGGAGAGGACAAGCUCUGUGUGGGCCUGGACAACCACCUGUCCCCCAACCGCUGGGCAGGUACGCCCAAACACACCACCUCCGACAUCAGCCUGAGGUCGUUGGAUAAGAAGUACCCAGAGUCCGUCCUCCUGGGGUCCACCCACCGCAUCACCAUCACAACCAGCGGUAGCCCUCAGCGGCAGCAGCUCGGUAGCACUCAGCGGCAGCAGCUCGGUAGCCCUCAGCGGCAGCAGCUCGGUAGCCCUCAGCGGCAGCAGCUCGGUAGCCCUCAGCGGCAGCAGCUCGGUAGCCCUCAGCGGCAGCAGCUCGGUAGCCCUCAGUUCAGAGGCGGUAUCCCCGAAUUUAGAGGCAGCACCUCUCAGCUUCUUAACGCUCAGAACCUAGAGAUCAUGUUCAACCAGCUGACCAAGUCUCAGUCCUUCACCAACCUUAACACUUCCUGCUCUGUGAGCACUGUGAGCACCUCCGCCGCCACGGCAACCCUGGCGUCGCCGCAGCAACAGCACCCAGGGUCCCCGCCAGUCCCGGCUCCGCCCCCACAGGAAGUGGAGCUGGAGAGGCAGGAAGUGCUACCCUCUUCCUCGACCGAGCCCCUGCUGAAGGAAAGCGAAGCAGUGCGCAGCCUGUCGAGCGUGGACAGCUUUCCCAGCUGCGGGGCUGAGUUCGGGGAGGGCUCUGGAUACGGAAGAAAGUUCCCUCUAUCUCUGGACCUCCUCCCAGAAUCGAGGGUCAACAAUGUCCAAAACCUCCAGGACACCGCCUCCCUCAAAGACAGCAUGUAUGAGUUUGUCCCCUACAACCAAGAUGGCGGCACACAGUUUCCGAGAGACAACGUGGAGAGCUUCAACAGAACCAUGGAGAACAUCCAUAGCUCCCUGAGAGACAGCAUCAACCCUGUCAUCAAGGGGACCAAAGGGCUAAAGUUCAACUUCAUCAAGGGCCCACCCACCGAGGCCCCCCCGACACCACCCAGCACCACCUCUCCCCAUGACAUCAGCUCCAGCCUCAUGGAGGAUGAAUCCCCAGAGAGGGAGACCUCGCCGCUCCUCCCCAGCACAGAGGCUCUCAUUCUGGAGGCUGGUGGUGGUGGACACCACGCCAGGGGAUGA